GACGCUAUUGCUCGAUGGCGACGAAUGAGCGGUUGUCAUGUUUCAUGGAUACCGGGAACUGACCAUGCUGGAAUAGGCACGCAGUCAGUAGUAGAACGUAAAUUGUUGAAGGAAACAAAUUUAACGCGACACGAUCUUGGUAGACAAGAAUUCGUCGAGGAAAUUUGGAAAUGGCGUUCCAAACAUGGGGAUCGUAUUAUUAGCCAAUUGAGACGAUUGGGAGCUUCACUCGAUUGGGACAAACUGUUCUUUACAAUGGAUGCACCACGUUCUCAGGCUGUUACCAAUGCCUUUUUGAGACUUUAUCAGGAUGGCCUAAUAUAUAGGGAUACGCGUCUGGUUAACUGGUGUUGCGCGCUAGAGACGGUGAUUUCUGACAUAGAAGUAGAUUAUGAGACGGUCAGCAAGCAGACCAUGUUGAAAUUACCAGGACGUAAUAAUGGGGUUGAAUUUGGUGUUUUGCAUAAAGUUGCAUAUCCCGUUGCGGAUGAAUCUAUUGAAUUGAAAGAGGUCGUGGUUGCAACCACUCGAAUAGAAACAAUACUGGGAGAUGUCGCCGUGGCAGUUCAUCCGGAGGAUCCACGUUACAAAGCUUUACAUGGAAAGGAAGUUAUACACCCCUUGCUUAAUAAACGCGUGCCAAUUGUCUGUGAUGCAGAGCUUGUUGACUUGGAUUUUGGAACCGGUGUUGUGAAGCUUACGCCUGCUCAUGAUCCCAAUGAUUAUAACUGUGCGCGUAGACACAAUCUUCCGUUAAUUAAUAUCUUCAACAAAAAUGGUACGUUCAAUGAAAAUUGUGGAAUUGCAGGCUUAGUUAAUAAAGAUCGGUUCGAUAGUAGGCAGGAAAUUAUUGAUAGACUUGUUACUGUCGGCUGUUACCGAGGGAAAGAUGUAUCUCAUGAGAUGAGAAUCGGUCGUUGUUCUCGAACUGGAGAUGUCAUUGAGCCUCUCUUGCAACCACAAUGGUAUAUCAGAUGCAAGGAUCUCGCAAACAGAGCCUUGCAGGCUGCGGCUAAUGGGGAGCUCACUUUUGAGCCCGCAUAUCAUAUAAAGGAAUGGAAUCAUUGGCUUGAAAAUAUUCAAGACUGGUGCAUUUCCAGGCAAUUGUGGUGGGGACAUUCCAUUCCUGCGUUUCAGCUGUCAUUUCCCGAAAGUGAUUAUGAUGCUAAGAGUACAUGGAUCAUAGCAAAGUCCAAGGAUGAAGCAGAAAGUCUCGCGAAAACAUAUAUUCGGUCGAAUUCUAUGGACAUUAAUAUACCUUACAUUCUGAAGCAGGAUGAAGACGUAUUGGAUACUUGGUUUUCAUCUGGAUUGUUACCAUUGUCAGCCUUAAAUUGGACUGGGAACGAUGAAUUACCCGCAAAAUAUCCGACUUCAAUGAUAGAAUCAGGCUUUGAUAUAUUAUUCUUUUGGAUUGCACGAAUGACAAUGCUUUGCACAUAUUUUGCUGGAAAGCCACCUUUCAAGAACAUACUUUUGCAUGCUAUGGUACGCGAUGUGCAAGGUCGAAAGAUGUCCAAAUCGUUGGGAAAUGUCAUUGAUCCGCUUGAUGUUAUAGAUGGUAUCACUCUUGGAGAAAUGAAACAAGUGUUACAUGAAAGCAGUUUGCCUCAUUCUGAAAUUAAAAGAAGUGAAACUAUGUUGUCUAAAGAGUAUCCACAAGGAAUUCCAGCUUGCGGAACGGAUGCUUUACGAUUUUCAUUGGUUAAUUUCACAGAGCAU